CGCUUCAACAAGCACAAGGUCGACUGUCCGAACCAUUGGUUCUACAUGAAAUCUACUGAAGCUGACGCGAAUAUUGCUGGAUAACGUAGCAAUUUGGAUUUUUCUUCAAGGAUUUGGCUCGAAAGAGCAGAAACAUGAGGGCUUUGGUCACCACUUUGCUUCUUGCGCUCGUGACUUCCUUAGCAGCGUUUAAUUUCAAGGACGAUGACGAGGCCAAGAAAUUGAUUGCUGAAUACGAGCAAUAUAUUAACACUCCUUGGGAGGAAAGACCGCAAGAGGACCACCACCCGCGGCAAAAACGACAGCUUAUGGAGCUGCUGUCAAGUGUGGGCAGCAGCGGUGGCUCGGGCAUUAUGAGCGUGCUUCCCGGAUUUUCCGACUACGGCCCUGCGUUCAUGUCUCUACUCAACAACUUCCUGGGUUUCAUGAAAUGCUGCGCGCCGCUCAACCUUCCGGACGUCGUGUCCAAGCUGACGCUCAAGUGCUCAGACGAUUUGUCCAACAACUUUUUCGCCACAACUGGAUUUUUGAACAGAUCAGAAGCAGAAAAGAAAGUGACUAUUUUCAUGAAAUCUGGAUCACUUGGAGGUUUCUUUGAGGCAGAAUUGUGCACUGUGCGUUGCGUAUUUGGCCGAAUGAAAAUGUUGACGCCUGAUGGACUGCCAUCUCCAAGUGCAUUAAAGGCGACAAUUCCAAAGCUGUUUAAGAACUUUACUAAUUUGUUUGAGCCUGCUUUGUUGGCAUGCGAAAAAAGCUAUGGUGAUCAAUACCAAGCUUGGUUCGACAGCAAACGUCCAUUGACAGACUCAGAUCGCUGCUGGGCUUCGUCAGCUUGGGUGCAGUGCAUGUACAGAGAGUUGGUCAUGAACUGUCCUGAAGAUCAAAUUAAUGCUGGAUCACUGUGCUUGCAAAAAUUGGGCUCUUUCUUCUGGGCAGAAUUGCCGAAGCAGGUCGGAAAAUUCUUCGCCAUCGUUAAAUCGAUGAUAGACAUUCUUUGAUCGGAAAUGAGCGAGUGUCUAUCCUAAGCAAGAUAGUUUUUACCUUUUUCUGGUUGUUUUUACAAUUAUUGUUUCACGUCAAAUUUUUGUUGUAACGCAAGGAUAGGUACCAGCUGGUAUAGACAAAUCAGAUAAAAUUGAUUAAGAGAGGUUUUUGGACAAUGCGAGCGCAUCAGCAUAUUUGCUCACGAUUUAUAUUUGUGUGAUAUGGAGUAAUAAUUUAAUCCAAAAUAAAUAAUUGGCUCUUUCAAAA